AUGGCUAAGCAUGAUUUUUUUUCCCUCCGCGGCCGCAAGCUUCAGAUUGCUAUGCUAGGCCUAGUCGUCUUCCCAGCCUACGGGUUCCUAGGAUACAACAACGUGGUGAUGGGCGGACUAGUCAGCAAUCCCUCAUUCAUCAAGCAAUUUCCUUCGACCGAUACAGUCCACACAACAGGAGCUGCUAAAGCUCAAAAUGCUCGAAUUGAGGGCACCGUCGUUGCUCUUUACCUUGUCGGAGCCAUGUUCGGAGCUUUGUCCUGUUGGAAGAUCGGUGAUAGACUUGGACGCCUGCGGACGACUAUGAUCGGGGCCACCUCAGCUAUAAUUGGCUGGAUCUUUGAAUCGUCUUCAUUCUCUCUCGGCCAAUUGAUUGUUGGCCGCCUUGUCGUUGGGCUCGGAACUGGGAUGAUCUCCGCUACAGUUCCAAUUUGGCAAAGCGAAUGUUCUCCGGCAAGCCAUCGAGGCGUAAUCGUUGUCCUGGAAGGGACCUUCUCAGCUGUUGCUAUCGCUCUGUGUCAGUGGCUUGAACUUGGUUUCUUCUUUGCAGAGACCUCUGCUACAUGGCGGUUCCCUCUAGCCUUCCCAAUCACUUUUGCUAUGGUUAUAUUGAUAUGCGCGCCAAUGAUGCCAGAGUCCCCAAGAUGGCUGGUAAAGCAUGGGCGUUUGGACGAAGCCCGACACAUCGUAUCAGUGCUGGAAGAUACAAAUGAGGAGUCCGAAAUCGUGACGGCAGCAAUUGAGAAAAUGCAAUACUCGCUCAGGCUGAUGAGCUCCGCCAAAUUCAAAGACCUCCUCAGCAACGGCGACAACCGUCUCUUAAACAGAACUUUAGUCGCCAUGUUCAGCACGUUUUCUCAGCAAAUGUCUGGUAUUGCCGUUGUCGGCUUCUACACAGUCCCAAUCUUGGAGGACUAUAUGGGUUUAAGCCAGGUCAAAUCAAGAAUUGUCUCCGCAUCAAUUUACUCUUUGCAAUUGGUGUGCAGCAUCGUCACAUGUUUCACCGUCGAACGAAUUGGCAGAAGAAAGUUAAUGAUGAUUGGCAUCGGAGGAAUGGGUGUCAUGGCAGGUGUCCUGGCAGGAACUACAUCUAGGCCUGAGAACCGAGCAUGUGCCAUCGCCUCAACUGUCGCUAUUUUCCUAUUCGUGGCAUCAUUUGGACUUGGGACAUUUGGUGUUAAUUACCUCUACGGCGCUGAGGUCUCUCCUCUGGCUUAUCGUGUUCCGAUUUAUGCUGUGACGGCAACCACUCUUUGGAGCUUCAAUUUCCUCUCCACCGAAGUCUCUCCCAUUGCCUUCGCAACCCUCGAAAGCCGCUACUUCAUUGUCUACUGUGCACUGGAUUUGUGCGUUUUUCUACCAAUCAUAUACUUUUUCCUCCCAGAAACACGAGGUAUGUUGCUCGAGGAUAUGGACAUAGUUUUUCGGAACUCGAAAAAUGCACUCGAAGUCGUCAAAAUUGCAAGAGACAUGUCUCGUCAACCUUGCUCUCUUGACAUUGAACAACACGAUACCACUGUCAAAAAUGCAUCGACAACGAUAGAGGAGCUAUCUAUCACACAUAAUAGCAACACUUCUUAA